GCCCCAUGCUUCUGUCUACAUUUGUUCAGUCUUGGCUGACGAUCCGCAGCAAAUGUGCUAUAACAACAUGGUGGGCAAAGCCGAGGCCCUGGGAUGCCCUGCCAAUGAUCUUGCCUGCCUUUGUACCAAAAGAGACUUCGACUACGGUAUCCGUGACUGCACCGUUGAGGCUUGCCCCAACGACAACGUUCAGUCAGUCCAGGCCUAUGGCCAAUCCAUGUGCGCCUCAGCUACUGCAAGUGGCGGUGCUUCUGGGACUGGUGGAUCUGGUUCCGCUUCCACUGGUACUGCGACUGAUACUGAGACUGCGACUGGGACUGAAACUGCGACUGGGACUGAAACUGCGACUGGGACUGAAACUGCGACUGGGACUGAAACUAGCACUGGAUCGGGAGCUGGCCCAACAGCUACCGAUGCUACUUCGACGCCUUAUACCACUGAACCUGUUCUGACAACAAUCACCUCUGGCUCCGAUGUCAUUACUAGCACAGUAGGCAGCACUACCCUUUAUACUGCCGCUGACAGUGCAGGUGCUAGUGGCUCUGGGGCCUCAACUCCGUACACUACCGAACCGGUUUUGACAACGGCAACCUCCGGAUCUGAAACUCAGACCAACACCGUUGGUAGCACAACUCUUUACACCGCAGUCAGCGGCUCUGGCUCUGGCUCCGCUUCUGUUUCCAGUGGUGCUUCUCCUACCGACACUGCUUCCGGCAGUGCUGGUGCUUCUGGCACCGGUGGUGCCGGAGCCAGCGGUAGUUCUGGAUCUUCUACCUCCGCCUCAGGUUCAGGUUCAGGUUCAGGCUCAGGCUCAGGCUCAGGUUCAGGCUCUGGUGCUCCCACUGCGUCUGGUGCAGGUGCCAGCAGCACUGGUGCUGCCCACCCAAUGGCUACCAUUGGCAGUGGAGCUGCCGGUGCCAUUGGUCUUGCUGCUCUUCUCGUCCUCUAAUUCAAAUGCAAUUGUAUCUAUGUUACGAUUGUGCUUUGAUCGACUUCAAACCCCCUAUUCUAUAUCAUGAUCAUGGCUGAUGUUAUUACGUUCCAAUUCUCUUCACACAAUAAUGUUUAAAUUCUAUCACUCAACAAAGUCUACACAGUCAUUCCUUCCCUUGACGACUGCCAUGAAAGCACGGUUCCCAAACAGCGUCGACA